UGCUGGAAUCCACACGUGACAAGAUCCGUCACGUCUGCAAACGUUGAAAAGCGGCAGAGGCACACAAGUAUUCACAAUGUGCCGGAGCCGGAGAGGAGAGGUCUUAGCAGCAGCUGCAGCUCCUCAGCAGUAAAGAAGAGGAACCUUUCAGAACUGACUGUUCUCUAGUGGAAGGAAACACUCUGUGCCGCCCCACAGUCACCAUGAUGAUAAACGAAGCGCUCGAGUGCGUGAUCUGCUGCUACGAGUACUCACGCAGCGACCGGAUCCCCCGGGUCCUCCACUGCAAGCACACCUUCUGCGCACCCUGCCUGGAGAGAAUGUGCAAGAUCGAAGGUGUCAUCUGCAGCGUCUCCUGCCCCCUGUGCCGCUGGAUCACCUGCACCCGGGCCAGCCUCACCCUGCCCGGGGCCCUGUGGGUCAACACGGACAUCUGGGACCAGAUCGCAGAGGAGGAGAUCCAGCAGAGGAGGCGCGGGUCGCUGGAGGACUCGAAACAUCCAGAGAAGCAGCUCAUAGAGCCGUCGCUACCCUGCUUCAGACCGCCUGGCUUCAAGUCCAAACUCCAGAAGCUGUUCAGCUGCGUGCUGCUGCAGGGACACGAGAUGCGCUGCUGACGGAUUAGAAGAAAAUCUUUUUGGGGUUUGUUUCCCCCUCGACAGACCUGAGGAGUGCGGACACAGGUCCGAAGUCUGCGUCUGUGAAGGAGCCCGGACAGCUCCGUGUGAAGUUUAGAGACUGCGGCAACCUGUUUGACUCUCAACCUGCUGGAUGUGACUAGCUUUUUGUUGUUGUUGUUGUUAUUGUUUUUGUUUUUGAGCUGCGAAUUAAAUACUGUUUCAAAGCCUUGAUUUAAAAAACAAAAAAAACAAAAACAAAACUCCACAAUAGGAGUAACUGCGAAAAUAUUUACAAAUUAAGAAUGAAGAAUUCUUUUUUUUUUCUUUUUUUUUAAAUUUGAUUUGAUUCGAGCGUGUAUUUAUGUGGUAUAAGAGGGAUGCAGUGUUUGCUUGUGUAUUAUGUAAGUAUUGUAAAUUAUUUUGAUUUUAUAUUUAUACGUGUGUUAAUUUGUAUCAAUCCGGCCCACUUGUGUUUUGAUACCUGUGUGAAAACAGUCAUUGCCAUUCAUGGUAUCUCAACAUUAAGGUCAUGUGAACUCUGAGACGCCUUCUCUCAGCCUUAUUUAUUCAACGCAAAUAAAUGAGCUGAUUUAUUUAACAUAAAUGCACUUUUUGUUUUUUAACAUAAUUAAAUGAACUGAUUUAACAUAAAGGCGUAACAGCAGCAUAGCAGAUUGUCCUUUACACUCAGGCACAACUUGUGCACAUUUCAGUGUUAAAUCAGCAGAGAACCAUAACCUGUGAAGUUCUUCUGUGGCGGGGUCAGGGUGGAAGCACUCCGGUACAGUUACAGUAACUUAUUGCAAAGGUUGAACAUGAAUAAAAACACUUAAAUGCA